AUGGCCGUCGAAGAUGCUUCCAUUCUAGCCGAUUUCGAAGAGAAAGAGAAAUCCAAUCCUAGCCCGCGGAAAAUUGACGGGGACCGCGUCAUCUAUGCUUCUCGCAAACUCAAGAAAACCAGACAACAUGGCCGUCCUACACUGUGCGAUUUUGGUCAGGCUCGUUUUGGGUCGAAUACGUACUCCGGGGAUAUCCAGCCGUACAUUUACCGCGCUCCCGAGGUGCUCUUGCAGAUGCCUUGGAACGAAAAGGUCGACAUCUGGAAUGUCGGUGUGCUGACAUGGACUAUGUCCCAAAAACGGCAUCUGUUCUACGCCAAAGAUUCAGAAAAGAAACCUUCUGAUGCUCAUCAUCUCGCCGAAAUGAUUGCUAUUAUGGGACCACCACCGCAAGAACUGAUACAGAACAGUGCCUACGCGACCGAUUUCUUCGAUGGCGAAGGUAUCUAUAGAUCUGAUCUACCAGCAAGCUUUGCUGAUGUGAAAUAG